GAGCGGUGGAGAUCGGGCAUGCCGGGGGUUCCCCCGCAUAACUGCGGGACCUUCGUCGCUCUGCUCGUAAUAGAUAAAUAGAGACACCCCCCCCCCCCCCCCCCACCCCAACCCCCCCCCCCCCACCCGUGUGGCGCUGGCGGGGACCGUCCCCUCGGAGGGACCUGCCUGCUGAGGUGACCGCGCACCGGGGCUGCCUGGGCACAGCUGACCGUGAAUGGCAGGAACAUAAAACGACCGGGCGUAUUCCUGCUCCUUUUUAUUGUUGUAAUAAUAAUAACCAACUGGGCGGCAGGACUGGCGAACGGGGCGCGGGGUGACCCCGGGCCUGUGGCUGGAGACGAGGGAGGCUGCAGGACUGUGGAUUACAAAAAAAGAACCGCAUCUGGGAUCAGGGCUUUAAUUCUGCGCUGGGUGUUUGCUGAAACGUUGCGGUUCACCACAAGAAAAACCAUCAUCUGCAGCAGGCUGCAACUCCACCGUACCGAGGGACAGAUCCUGGCCUUGGUGUCCUUAAACCAAGACACUCCCAGGUGGGUGGCACAGCCAGGGGACUCCAGCUGCCCUCACAGACAAUGCCAUCCCCAAAACACCCACUCCAAGAGUUGGCAACACGGUGGUCUUCACGUUCCUCCCUCUCCUUGAGCCACGAAAAACAUGCCCAUCGUAAAAUACCCCAGGGCUCGAGAGCCUCUCUGGUGUGAAUGGGACAGGAAAGCACAGAAAUGUGGAUUAAGACACACUGUCUAUGCUGUAAAUGGGGAUCGGUAUACUGGAGAAUGGCUGGACAACUUGAAACAUGGUAAAGGCACCCAGGUGUGGAAACGCACCGGAGCCAUUUAUAGCGGUGACUGGAAGUUUGGGAAGCGGGAUGGCUACGGCUCGUACAGCAUUCCUGACCCCGUAACCAAGGAAUACAAGAGGGUGUACACGGGCUGGUGGAAAAAUGACAAAAAAUGCGGCUACGGGAUGACGUUUUACCCCGGCGGGGAGCACUACGAGGGCGAGUGGAGCGGCGGGCAGCGGAGCGGCUGGGGACGGAUGUACUACCAGGACGGGUCCAUCUAUGAGGGGCAGUGGCUGCAGGACCAGCCCGGCGGGCUGGGGAUGCUGCUGCUGUCGAAUGAAAAUCGGUACGAAGGAAACUGGAAAGAUGGAAAGAAGCACGGCCCAGGGAAAUUUUUCUACUUGGAUAAGGGACAGUUGUUUGAAGGCAUCUGGGCAGCAGAUAUACCAAAAUGUGGAAUUCUGAUCGACUUUGGCAGAGAUGAAGCUCCUGCCCCUACUCAGUAUCCAAUCCCGAAGAUUGAACUGGCUGAUCCAGAUGGUGUUUUAGCAGAGGCCCAGGCGAUGUUUGAUGACAGCCAAGAUGAAUAACCGGAUGCUGAAGAUAAAAAAAGAUGCAAGAUAAGAGCACGAUCCGGGGUUACUUAUUCAUUUGAGUCUGAAAUCCACACUCCGGUGUGCGGUGUGGGGGUCGGGGUCGCUAUUCCCUCAAGGGUACCCACGUUUACUUCACGCUGUGGGUGGUUUUGCUCAGGGGCCGCCUCCCCCCACUGUUAUUUUGGAAAAAGAAAAUAGUCCCAAGAUUUAAGCAGCGCUGACAGAAGGAAAGGCGUAUUAACUACCUCCUAUUUAUACCUGCCUGCACAAAGAGGAAAUUUUAUCUUCAUAUUAUGCACAUUCACGAGAUCCUCAGAAACACAGCUAUGAUUUACACAAUAUAGUUGAAGAGAGAAGGCAUAUAGAGAAAAUAAGCAUAUUGUAGGCCUGUAGAUAACAAAUAAUCGUCAACAAUUGAGUACAUUUUAUUGCAUUACAGUAUCUGAGAUCUAAAUAAGUGAUAUACAAUAACCGAUGUUUAAAAUGCUUGAGGUAAAUGCGUAAUACCAUUAGUAUAAAUAAGGGAUAAAAACCAAAUUCUAAGUGCACUCUUUAACCUUCAGAUCCGCGUGUGUGGGUCUGGUCGCUGCACGGGGCACAGAGCGUGCCCAAGGUGUAACUUCCGCGACCAUUUCCACAGCUGGAAAAUGAAACAUCCUUGAUAUCAUGGCUUAAAGUGCAGAAAACAGUCAGAAAAGCAGCUGUAAUAACAGCUCUAUUAGUUCAGAACCUACCAGCUCGAGAAAGUUAAAAAUAAGGUUGUCCCAUUAGCUUCUAAUUCUGUAUUUCCUAAACGAAACCCAAACCUCCACACUCCUCUGUCACUUUGUAAAAGAUCCACACACAAAAA